UUUUUCUCGAAGAAGUCGUCGCCCUGCAGAAGGACUGUUUCUCUUCUCUUCCAAGCUAUUAAUUGUUGUUAGCCAGAUCCACACCAAACAACUUCUGCAUCCUUCAUAGAUCCGGAGCUAUGGAAGGAGCUUUGGUAGCUGCCGCGGCUCGCCUCAUGUUCGAUAAGGUGACGGCUCUCCUCCAAGUCGACGAGAAACUCAAGACAAUAACUGGUACCAAAAGGAAGAUGGAGAAGCUCAAGGAGUUGUCCACGAUCAUUGACAUGGUGAUCCGAGACAUCGAGUGCCGCCCUUUUAUCGAUGAUGCUGUGAAGGACAUGCUGAAGAAGCUCAAAUACUUGGCCUAUGACCUCGAGGAUGUUGUGGAUUACUAUGACACCAAAGUCUUGCAGAAGAAGCAGAGAUCAAAAACUUCUUUAAGGCCGGUGCGUGAUUUCUUCUCUUUUGAUAAUCAAGUUGUGUUUAAGAGUAGGGUAGGUGGCAUGAUAAAAGCUAUAACAGAAAGUCUGGAUUCUAUUUUGCUGCAAAAGUCCAUUCUUCUCAAUUUGCCCCAAAGCAGUAUCCGCAUGUCGGAACCAAGUCUCUGCAGAGAGACCCACUCCUGUAAUAGCUUUGUUGUUAUAGGGAGAGAACCAGAGAAGAAUAAGAUUGUCGACAUGUUAACAAAGGAUGAUGAUGAUGAAAGCAACCAUGGCACAGUGAAGGUCAUCGCCAUCGUUGGGAUGGGUGGCCUAGGGAAGACUUCACUUGCUCAGCUUGUUUACAAUGAUGCGAGGGUGCAAAACCAUUUCGCAAGUUUGACAAUGUGGAAAGUUGUUGGGGCAGAAUUUAAUCCCACUAAGAUAAUGAAGUCUGUUUUAGAACUAGCUACUGGUGCAUCAGUCAACAUCUCAGAAAUAGAUUUAGUGAAACAGAAGCUAGAAAAAGCAUUAUCUAGGAAGAAAUUUCUGCUCGUUCUUGAUGAUGUGUGGAACGAGGAUGAGUUACAAUGGGGUGUACUGAAAGCAGCCUUAACAUGUGGGGCGAGAGGAAGCAAAAUUUUGGUGACAACCCGUAGCCAACAAGUCUCUUUAAUUAUGGGCUCAUCCAAUACCACCCACCAAAUACAACAGUUGUCCAGAGAUGAUUGUCUGUCCUUGUUUCAACAAUUUGCAUUUGGAGAUCAAGCAGUCGAUCAAAACUUGAUGAAAAUUGGUGCAAAGAUUGUUGAGAAAUGUGGCGGUGUUCCCUUAGCUGCCAUAUCUCUUGGUAGCAUGCUUCGUAGCACUCGAGAUGAAACUUACUGGUCCUCGGUAUUGAAUAGUGAAAUAUGGAGGCUGGGAAAUCAGGAAGAUAAAGUGUUAGCUGUAUUAAAGUUGAGCUAUGACACUCUCCAUCCAUGGUCAAAGAAGUGUUUUUCAUUUGCUUCCCUAAUCCCAAAAAAUUAUAGGAUGGCAAAGGAUUUACUGAUAAAACUGUGGAUAGCAAAUGGUUUUGUGCGUUCAGAAGGAAAUUUUGAUGCUGAAACAAAUGGCAACCAUGUCUUUAAUGAUCUAGUAAUGCGGUCAUUCUUAAUUCUCUUUACACCUUACUAUGAUUAUUAUUCUGAUAGUCAUGUAACCGAGUGCACAAUGCAUGAUUUGAUGCAUGAUCUAGCACGAUCAGUAUCUGCAGAUGUAUAUUGGAAUUCUGAUGAAGACUCAGUGGAAGAUAUUGGAAAACGAAUAUAUCAUUUGCAAAUAUAUGAAAGAAAGUUUCCAAACAUGACUCGAGUGGUCUUAGACAAGAAACCAUUGCACUUGCGCACCUUUAUGUCCUUUACGCCCCCCCUAUAUAUAUUACGUUCGAGAAGGAUCAAUCAGCUUGAAGUCAUCUCAGAAUUGAAAUUUUUGCGGGCAUUAGAUUUAAAUAACGGUGGCAUCAAGGAGGUGCCAACAUCAAUAGGAAAUCUGAUACAUUUGAGGUACCUCAACUUAUCCCGUAAUUAUAUUGAAGUUCUACCCGACUCCAUAACCCUUCUCCCCAAUUUACAGUAUCUAAAUCUCAGUUUCAAUUACACACUUCGAGAGCUACCAAAAGAGUUGGGGAAUAUUCAAAACCUUAGGGAUCUCAGUAUUUUGGAAAGUGAUUCUGAAUUGACACACAUGCCCUGUGGAUUAUCUCGACUAACUAAUCUUGGAAGUUUACCUCUCUUUAUUGCCGGUGACAAAAUUGGUGCAUGCUCAAUUAUAGAGCUUGUGGAUUUGAAGCUUUAUGGAAAAAUGAAAAUUGAGUUUUCUAAAAAUUUUAAGAAUUAUUCUUGUGGUGGAAGAAAAAUCUUGAAGAAUAAAGUUCUCAAUGAACUAUGCCUAGAGUUUAAUGGUUCAGAAAUAUAUGACAAGGACAUGUUGGAUGAUCUUUGUCCCAAUACGAGCUUAAAGAAGUUGAGCAUAUUUAAUUAUAGGAGCCCACAAUUUCCAACAUGGCUGAUAGAGUUACAACUGCCAAAUUUGGUUGAAGUUAGACUUGAAAACUGUCGUGAUUGUGAGCAUAUUCCUCCGCUAGGAAAUCUACAGAAGUUGCAGAUGUACAAUUGUCUGGAAUUGAAAUGUAUGCCGAGGCUUCCUAGAAUCCAAGAGCUUAGUAUAUCAUACUGCAGCGGAAGCCUACUCUCAUGUGUUGAAAGGCUAACUUCUCUUUCUGUUCUCAAAGUGGAUGGUUUCAAUGGCAUGACAUCUCUUCCAAGUGGUUGCAUCAGAAACCUGACAUCCUUGACGGAAUUACAAAUUUCAAACUGCGGACAACUCCAAUCUCUUCCUGGGGAUGAAAUGCAGUACCUAAAAAUGCUUCGUUCAUUGACCAUUCAAAUGUGUGAUAAUUUGACAUCCUUCCCGUCGGAAGUGGGGCGUCUCAGUUCUCUUUGUUUUCUACGAAUCUCAGAAUGUACAAAUAUAAUAUUGCAGCCAGAAGAACUCGCACAAAUCUUGAAUCCAGUGCAUGAGUUCGAUAUAGAGAUUUGUGGCAACAAAGUCAAUUUACGUGGGCAACUGCAAUACUUACACACGCUCCAAAACUUGUCUCUACAUGGUUCACAUGUUACCAAUAAUUACACGUUUGGGUGUGAAAUCCGAAAAUUAAGUAUUUGUUGCUGUGAUGAAUUGGAGUCGUUGAUGACAGUUGAACCUGCAAGCAGUACUGUGCUAGAACAACUAUAUAUAGAUGGAAUUUCCAAUCUCAUGGCCUUGCCUGACUGGCUGCAACAUCUCAAUUCUCUUCGUUUUCUAUUAAUUGAAGACUGCCCACGGUUAGAAAGGGUGCCGAGGGGCUUGAAGAAUCUACAUAUGUUGGAAUAUUUGAGGAUUGUUGGUUGCCCACAGCUGGAAAGUAGAUGCGAAAGGGAGACAGGCGAAGAUUGGCCGAUCAUCUCACAUGUUCCACAUACGUGUUUAUAUUUAAUAGACAUCUCAGAUUCCGGAUAUGGUUGGAAAGAUAACAAGAGGUGAGUAUGCAUGUCAGAAGGACUAGGACCUAAACUCAUAGUGCGAACAUAACCAUGACUUUCAUUGGAUAACAAGGGGUGAGUACGUUGAUAACAUUGCUUCAAUCUAAUAAUAUAUUUCCAAAGAUACAUACAUUUUGAUGCAUAAAAAGAACAAUUCUAAUAAUUAUAGUCAGAUUUCUAGUUCUUCCAUCAUUUUUAUUCAAAAAACAAUGAGAUAUUCUGAUAGUGCUGAUUUAUCUCUAUUUGCUUAUUGGAUAAUUCCCAAUGGUAUGGAUAAUGUGUCAAGGUGUCCUAUGCAAAAGCUAUUAAUGUUUUCAAGUAUUCAAUAUGCAAAUAAUAAAUGGCAGUCUCGUUUAGAAUGCUCAAGAAAUGUACUAGUAUCCAAAAUGUAAGAAAAAAAAUCUUUGAUGUAUGUUUUAUAGUGUAGAUCAAUGUGUUAGAGAAGUGUGAUUGAGGCUACCUACACUUUAUAAACAAAAUUCAAGAGGUCAGUUAAGAUACCUUUAUAAAUUUCAGCAUCACUUCAGCUUUGACAUUAACUUCUCAUAUUCCGCAUCUGGGCCAUGCGUUGUCAUUUGUUCUGCAGAGGAGACAGGCUUAGGUGACACGGUGCUAGUGGCCCAUGGUACAUUUCCAAGGCUCUGUGUGCGAUUAAAACCGUGAGGUGGCACAGGUGGUGGAACAGGAGCAUAAUAAGGCGCAUAGCCAUAAGCUUCCGGAGCAAAUGAAGGCGGCGGUGGCAUAGGCAACGGUGGAAGCGGCGUCGGUGGUUUAGGGUUUAGGCACAUGAGAAAACGAGACGACAAAGAUGAGGAUGUUAAUAGAAAUUUAGAACUUAAAACUUAGGGGGUGUUUGGUAGAUGAAUUUAGAAAUGAGGUAAUGAAAUGAUAGUAAAAGAUAGUGUUUGGAUUGUAGGUUCGAGAAUGAUAAUUUGGGAAUGAUUUUUAAAUUUAUGAGAAUCAACCAAACUCAUAUAACUAAGUGUGUUUCAUUUACAUUCACAUUCCAUCUUACUAUCAAACCCAUACUCAUAGUCAUUCUCAUCAUUUAACGAAAUG